GGCGAAGCGACGCUGCCGAUCGGCCUUCUUUCACUUGCCGGACACUGCGAUCGAACUGUGAGGUGCUCCAGCGCAGGCCUUUCGCAUCGCCCACUCCUUCGCCGCCGCACCCUGCCAUUGCCACUCCCAUCUCCGCCCCCGACGCUUCUGCGAACAUCGCUCCGCCCAAUGUGCCAGUCGCGCGCAUCGUCUCGCCGCGUCCAACGGAUUGUACCCUGAUCGCCUGCAUCGCGCGCUGCACGGCCAUCGCCCGAUCGCAGCUUCGAUCCUCUCGCACCACGACACGAGCACUGGUCUCCAUCGUCCGAAGCGAGCGUUUUGGCGGACCACACAAGUACCUAGGCCGCAAUGCCGCCUCCUUCGCAUACACAACACCUCCCUCCGGCACACCCGGCCACGCGCCAGCGACCUAAGAGCCCCAAUCGUGUCCUGGCUGAGGCAGAAGCGCAAUGGAUCUUUACCGACGAGGAGCUGGCCAACGCGCCUUCGAUCCAGGACGGCAUGAGUGCAGAUGAUGAGAGGGAUAGGAGGAUCAAGGGCAUCAACUUCAUCGUGCAAGUCGGCAUUAUGCUCAAGCUGCCUCAACUGACAUUGAGCACGGCGAGCAUAUUUUUCCAAAGAUUUUUGAUGAGAGCGAGCCUGGCCAAGGAGCGAAAUGGCAUUCCCAAACUGCAUCACUACCAAGCGGCGGCCACGGCUUUGUUCUUAGCCACGAAGGUGGAAGAGAGCUGCAGGAAGAUGAAGGAGUUGGUCCUGGCCUUUUGCCGCGUAGCGCAGAAAAAUCCCAAUCUGGUGGUAGAUGAACAGAGCAAGGACUUCUGGAGGUGGCGGGACCUGAUAUUGCACAAUGAGGACCAUAUGCUGGAGACACUGUGCUUUGAUCUGACAGUGGAAAGCCCGCAUAGACAGCUCUUUGAGAUGCUGAAGUUCUAUGGCAUCGAACACAACAAAAGAUUGCGAAAUUCUGCAUGGGGCUUCGUGACGGAUAGCAACAACACGCAGUUAUGUCUGUUGAUGAGCAGCCGGACGAUCGCAGUCGCCAGCCUGUACGCAGCAUGCAAGUUCUGCGAAGUGUCGCUGCCCGAUGACACAAAAGGCAGGCCAUGGUGGGAGACACAUCACGUUCGGCUGAAGGAUAUCCGUAGGUCGGUGGAGUAUAUGCUGUCCAACUAUGACGGCACAGCCAACAAGGUCAAUGGAAUUGCCGUGACUGCGGGCUCCGAUGGGAACAGCUCUAUCUACGCAGGGCUGACGACACCUGGAACUGACGGAGCGAACGACGAUGACUGGAACAGGACGAGAGCACCCGCUUCUGUGUCACCACUAAUGCCGCCAGGGAGCGAUCGGCGGCAUAGCAAUGCAAGCAGUGUCGGCGUCAAGCGCGAGCGAGAAGAGGAGAAGCCGGCUGUGAAUGGCAAUGGCAAUGGGAAUGGUGUGCCGCGAGAGGAGAACGGAUCGAAACGGCCUAAGAUCGAGACGCACACGUCGGGUGGAAUCGAUGGCUUCAAUAAUGACAGCCAAACAGACACGAUGACUGUGCCUGUUCCAGAAGCUGUCGCCGGUGGCGGAAAGGCCGAACUUGAUGUCAAGGUACAAGACCAGCAGCAGCGCCCCGAACCCAUGCAGGAUGUACAAGCCUCCGUCGAUGGACCUGCCUCGCACGCCCCUGUUCAGAAGCCGCAAGAUGACGGAGAGGUCAGCGAGGAGGGCGAGUUGGAAGAGUAGCUUGCUUCCCUCAGAAGACCUCCCCUCCGACGGUAGCGAUGGACGGACUCCGACCUUGGCUGAAAUCAAGCGGAAGAUUGAAACCGGGCACCCCAUUUCUUACGAGUACGAAUUGAGCGAAGCAUAGCGAAGGCGUUUUGCAGCAGCGAUAACUGUGGCAACUACUUUUUUGGAUCAUGCAGGUCUGUUUGCUGCAUGAUAUGCGUGAAUUUUGGAGCACCGAAGGACUGAAGCGCUUUCGGAUAGGAAGGAAAUUUGUGAAUCGAAGCGUUGCGUGCUAGUUUGGGGGACUUUUGAGAACUGGCUUCUGAGAAUACUACUAGAUACCCAAAUGGCAUGAUGGCGUUUCUUUGAGGCGCGAUAUGGUUGGUCAUGACGAAGGCGUUUCUAUGUAUUGGUAAUGAAACGAA